AUGGCAACAGUGAUGAGUACGCAGCCAAUCGCUCCGCAGAGCGCACAGCCUGUCAAUGUUAAGUCUUCGCGUCAUUUUUUGUCUGGAUUAGGAUCAGGCGUAGCCACAGCUGCGCUCCUACAGCCACUGGAUCUCCUGAAAACGCGAGUGCAACAAUCCGGGCGAACGUCCAUUUACGAAGCGUGGACUCACCUUCGACAAUCUGGGCAUCCUGUCAAGUCUUUGUGGAGGGGAACCCUCCCGUCGACACUAAGAACUGGUUUUGGUUCUGCAAUUUACUUUACUACGCUCAAUUCUAUCCGCCAACAUAUGGCAAAACUCCAAGCCGGUGGCAACGCCGCCCAAAGCAGGAGUGCAUCAACAGCCUUGCCAACGCUGUCGCCCACCGCAAACUUGAUAUCGGGUGCGGCAGCUAGAACAUUUGCCGGCUUUGUUUUGAUGCCAUUGACAGUUAUUAAGGUACGGUUCGAAUCUAGCAUGUACUCAUACCCGUCCCUGGUGGCCGCAGCACGAGAUAUCCUGCGCGUGGAGGGCGCAAGAGGAUUCUUUGCUGGAUUUGGAGCCACCGCCAUCCGAGACGCACCAUAUGCAGGAACAUAUGUAUUGUUCUACGAACUGGUAAAAACACGCUUAGGGCACUGGGUGGCUUCGUCAGACUCGAAGGGUCUCAUGGGAACGUCCGUUGCAAGUACGAUCAAUUUUUCAUCGGCUAUAGUAGCAGGAGCUGGGUGCUCUGUUGUUUCGAAUCCGUUUGAUGCAGUCAAAACCCGUAUACAACUCCAACCAAAUAAGUACAAGAAUAUAUGGCAGGCUUGGUACAAGAUGAUAUCGGAAGAAGGGUUUAGGUCGCUCUGGAAUGGCCUCGGCAUUCGAAUGGGUCGCAAAGCUCUUAGUUCAGCACUCGCGUGGACUGUUUAUGAGGAGCUGAUCAGGAGAUACGGACGUAGUUGA